CUGUGGAGCGCUCAGGCGUUUGGUGCGGACACCUCGCGGAGUCCUUUCUCACUGCCGUCUUGUGCGGGAGGCUUGUCCCUCCCUACCUGCUGCUCCAGGCUGAGGCUUCCCUAGUGCAUCUGUCCGCCGAUUCAUGAUUUUCUGCCGUUUCUUGGCAAAAAUGGCAAACAAUGAUGCUGUUCUGAAAAGACUGGAACAGAAAGGUGCAGAGGCAGAUCAAAUUAUUGAAUAUCUUAAGCAGCAAGUUGCUCUUCUUAAGGAAAAAGCAGUUUUGCAGGCAACUUUGAGAGAAGAGAAGAAACUUCGAGUUGAAAAUGCUAAGUUGAAGAAAGAAAUUGAAGAAUUGAAGCAAGAACUAAUUCAGGCAGAAAUUAAAAAUGGAGUGAAACAAAUACCAUGUCCACCUAGUACUCUACUGCAAGCUAAUUCCACGGUUUCUGAAAAUGUGAUGCAGUCCGUACUAUUAACAACCAUGUCUUCUGGUACCAAAGAACAGAUAAAAGGAGGAGGAGAAGAAGCAAAGAAGGUGAAAGAGAAAAUUGAAAAGAAAGGAGAGAAAAAGGAGAAGAAACCUCAAUCAGUAGCAGGAGGUGCUGACUCUAAGCCAAUAGAUGUUUCCCGUCUGGAUCUUCGCAUUGGUUGUAUCAUCACUGCCAAAAAACAUCCUGAUGCAGAUUCUUUGUAUGUAGAAGAAAUAGAUGUUGGAGAAGCAGCCCCAAGAACAGUUGUCAGUGGCCUGGUAAACCAUGUUCCUCUUGAACAGAUGCAAAAUCGGAUGGUGAUUUUACUUUGUAACCUAAAACCUGCAAAGAUGAGGGGAGUACUAUCUCAAGCAAUGCUGAUGUGUGCUAGUUCACCAGAGAAAGUUGAAAUCUUGGCACCUCCUAAUGGGUCUGUUCCUGGAGACAGAAUUACUUUUGAUGCUUUUCCUGGAGAGCCUGAUAAAGAGCUGAAUCCUAAGAAGAAGAUUUGGGAGCAGAUCCAGCCUGAUCUUUACACUAAUGAUGAGUGUGUGGCUACAUACAAAGGAGCUCCCUUUGAGGUGAAAGGGAAGGGAGUGUGUAGGGCUCAAACUAUGACGAACAGUGGAAUAAAAUAAAAUUAGAAUGCUUCAGUUACUGAAAUACAUUGGAAAAAACUUUAAUAACAAUAAAAAGAAAUACAUUUGUCACUUAUACCUAAAAUA